AUGAAACAUGUUGACCGCAAAGCUCUCUACACCGAUCUUCCCACCCGGGUUGAGUAUCUGAAGGGGUUUCUAGACUUUGGCACUGAUGACAUUGCUGUUCUGACAACUGGGCAGAAGCAUCUGCGAAUGCUGAUCCCCAAGGUGGUCCAAGGAGUAUACGCCAAGCUGCUGGAGACGGAUAUCACGGCCCGCGUGUUCCACACGCGGGACUCGGCGUCCGAGGAGGAGAUCGAGGAGUACAUGUGUGAUGACAGCCCGCCGAUCCAGCGGCGGAAGAUGCACCUGCGCUGGUAUCUGACCAAGCUGUGUUCGGAGCCGACGCAGAUGGAGUUUUGGAAGUACUUGGAUAAAGUGGGGUUAAUGCAUGUCGGCCGCGAACGAAGACACGCCCUGAACGUGGAAUACAUCUAUAUUGGCGUAUGCCUGGGAUACAUCCAGGACGCGAUGACGGAAGGGAUCCUCCAGUUGCCCAAGGUGUCGUUACAGUACAAGGUUUCGCUGAUGCGGGCGUUCAACAAGCUGAUCUGGAUCCAAAACGAUCUGUUUGCGCGUUGGCGACUCCGUGAUGGGGAGGAGUACCAAGAGGAUAUUGAAGCAGGGUUGCGGCGGGAAGAAGAAGAAAAGGAACAAACACAAACACAAGCACAUACCGCACAUACCGCACAUACCGCACACACCGCACACACUGCACAUCGUCAAUCCCCGGAAAGCAGACACAGCGGCCACAGUGGAAGCAGCAGUAUCGCACCCUCACGCCCGGAGACGCCGCUCGACGACUGGGCCUCGGUGCUGACGCGCAACACGAGCGUCAUGUCGCUGGCGACCUCGACCUCGACCUCGGACGCGAGAUCCGUCUCGGACGCCCGUUCGGUUUCCUCCACCUCGACCUUACCCAAACGCUCGAGCACAGUCCUCUCCGCGGCGCCGCCGAAACAUUCCGGGUGUCCGUUUGCUGGCGUCGCGGAAAUGCCGCGCCAGCAGUUCCAAUCUAGUACCAGAAUUUGGUCGGAGAGGCGGUAA